UUUAAUUUACGUAGCUACAAACUACCUAGGUCUAUUUAGCAUUUAGUACCUAUUUAGAAGUUUUUUGUUGAUAAAUAUUAUAAAUAACAAUAUACUUGUUACUUAAUAAUAGUAUAAUGAGCAUAAUGACAUUUUUCCGUUUUUGUUUCAUAUAGGGUUUUGUAUAAAUUUUUGGUUUGGUUAGAAAAAUAUAAUCAAAGAAAAAUUUCAUUCAGUCAAAAUGUCGACGGCGCGAACCGUUCGGUUAAGUCGUGAAAUAAAAAACAUGAAAGAGAAACCUGUAUGGGGAAUAACUUGCCAUCCCGUGAAGGAGGACGUUUACGACGUGCUCCAGGUGAGGAUGGCAGGUCCGCGCGGAUCUCCUUACGAGAAAGGCUCCUUUGAACUUAUCAUAAACAUACCCGACAAAUACCCAUUUGAACCUCCACAAGUUAAGUUUGUCACCCCUGUGUAUCAUCCAAAUAUUGAUAAAGGCGGUCGCAUUUGCAUGAAUAUGUUGAAAAUGCCAACGAGAGAGCAGGAAGGAUGGCUUCCGACCAUCACAAUAGAAACCCUGCUCAUAUCAAUUCAGACACUCCUUGCAAACCCUAACCCCGAUGACCCUUUGAUGAUGGAAAUAGCACUGGAGUAUAAAUCUGACAUUGAUAAAUUUAAGGAGAAUGCCAGAAAACACACAGAACAAUAUGCUGUAUAGAUUUUAAGACUAUUAGUGAUGUAAGUUUUAAUAUGUGAAAAUUUAACAUUAAAUGUCAGUAGUGGCAUAAAAAGAUUGUUAUAAACAAAACAAAUUUAUUUAUAAUGAGUAUGUAAGUCUGGUGACCAUGAUAGUUCCAUCCACAUUAAUGCUUAAACGGCUUGGAUGCUAAUCGAGUAUAUGUCGUGUAUCUUUUGAGAUACUGUAGUGUAUAACACUAUGAAGACUCAGACAUCAGUUGAGCGAGGUAUAUGUAUUCUUCAACUUAGGAGAUUUGGUUCUGUUCCACUAUUACAGGGUCUUUGUUGUCAUUGGUCAUGAUAUUUGUUUUUUUCCGGGUUUAGUUUCAAUCCGGCCUUUGCACUCUCUGAUGCUAGAUCAUUUAGCAUCUGUUAGAGCAGCUGUUGCAUCAGCGUGCGGCCAUUAAUAGUUAUGAACAUGACUAUCCAUUCCAGAUUCCUGAAGAUCAUUUCUAGUAUGGCCAGAAAGAGUGUUGGUGAGAGGGGGUCACCCUGUCUCAUGCCUUUGUGUUGUGUUUGAAAUUUAUUUCCUUUUUCUAGAUGGAUCCAAGCCCAACUGUGUUUAUAAAUAUUUUUUAUAAUUCUUAUAUAUUUCUGCUCUAUACCCAGUUCCUUUAAGGCUUCCCAGAUUUUCGAGUGUAUCAAUGAAUUGAAAGCUGUACUGUAAUCAAUAAAAGCUAUGUAGCGUACAAGCUGGUACUCCCUGUAUUUUUCUAUGAUGUGUGUAUCACUUACAGUGUGGAUGUGGUCUAGUACUGAGAAAUCUUUGCGGACUCCUGCCUGUUCUAUGGGUUGUUGCUCAUCUAAUUUCCUUCACAUUCUUUCCAAAAUAAUCUUUGCAAUAAUCUUAUAAAGACAUUAGACUGAUGGGUCUAUAGUUUCCAAUAUCGGAGUGACUCCCUUUCUCGAAUAUAAGGGUUAUGAUGUAUUCAGUCCACUGUUUUGGGAUGAUUUCCGUGUGGAUCUUAUAGUUGAACAUUUCUGUAAGUAUUGGCGCUACUGCUACUUUGGUUUGCUUUAGUAUCUCAUUGCUUAUGCCGUCUGUUCCUGGAGCUUUAUUGUGUUUCUGUGUGUCUCUGGAAAGUCUAUUUCUGUUUUAUUUGUGUAGGUUGGUGUAGUAGUUGGUAGUGAUCUUGAGUAUUUCUUGUCUACUAAUUUCCUUCGCACCACUUCUCUCUUCCAUCUUAACAAUCCAAUCUUUCUUGUUAGUUAAUUCUUUGUUCCUCCUGUCUGUCUUAUAUGUCUCUCUAUUGUCUCCUGUCUUUCCUUGUGUUUUCUUUUUUUUCUUUGCUGAUUUAGUUGUUUAGGUUCUCUUCCCUUUUGCUGUUCUUUAGUAAUGGUUGUAAUUUUUUUUUCCAACCAGUUGUAUUUCUCCUGUGUGUCAGGGUCUUUGUUUCAUUUUUGUAGUCUUUAAGUUUCAAGUUUGGCGAGUUAGCUAUUUCUCCUAUCAGAUGUUUGUUAAGUCUGGGGUUCUUGGAUUGGGAUGAGGUUAAUUCAGCUGACAAUGUGGUGGUUGGUGUUAAAAUUUAUGUCAUUGAUGACAUUUAUGCUUGGAAAGAAUUUGUUUGUUGGUCAGUAUAAAGUGAAUUUGGUUUUCAGAUUUUCCAUCGAGUGACAACCAGCUCCACAAUCUGUUUUACUUUUUCUUGAAGUCAAGUUAUUUUCCAUUGCAAAGUCCAUGAGCAUUUUUCCAUUCCUGCUUCUAGGUUUUGAGCUGUAUGUGGCCCUGUAAUUGCAUCCUCGCCCCGUUGGCAUACACCAAUUUGAAUUUUACUAUGUCCAAUAUUGGAACUGUAUUAUGUAUAUCUGUAUGUUGUGAUUUAGUCACUAUUUGUUGAGAAAUGUGUUCCACUGUUUUACCUAAAGAUAUAUAUACAUAUAUAAAAAUAUUGUAAUGCUUCUAAUUCAAUAUCAAAUAUAUUUGGUUUUUUAUAAGAGAUUCUUAAUUAUUAAUAUUGGGCGCUGUGACAGGACACCAGAAACUUAAAUGUAUUUACAUUUUGUGUACGAGUCUAGUUCAAUGAGUUUUCCCCUUAUAAUACAGUUAUUAUGUAUAUCUCAACUCUUAUUUUAACUAAUAUGUGUAAAUAUUUUAUAACUGCCAUGUAUGUUGAACGGCUUGCAUAUAAUGCACUUGUAUAAUAAAUUUUAAUUAUAUGACUGUAUUUCUUCAUAAAUUGUAUAUAAAAAUAAUACUUUGUAGUUAUAUGUGAUAGUUAAUAUUUUUUAAGUGUACAUAGUUCACGCCAAGUAACCCGAGAAACCUACAAAACUAAUAAAACAAUAAUGGAUGUAUUUUAUUUUACUUUUAUAAAUAUAUUAAAUAAAUUUUACCCAAA